AUGUGGUUAGCUCUUUUUUUAGCUAUUUUGCCUGCUAUUUCUCUGAACAUUCAAAAAGUAGCAAUAAUUACCGAGGUGGGAACGAAAAUAGACAAGAGUCUGCUGGGCAAGGUGUUGCCCGACCGAGCAAAUUCAAGCAGUUCUUUAUUUAAAGAUCCCGUUAAUGAACAUGCUGCAUCAUUUUUUGCUAUAAUUUCCUUCAAACCGGAAGAAAUUGCCUUAAUUAACCUUCCCGAGGAUAAAGGAGCUAUAGAAACUACACUAGAUUUAGCAUCUGAAUUUCUUCCUGGGAGUAAACUUUUGCUUAAAGCAGGCAAAAAGUUUGCGACUGCGGUGGGUAAAACGGCGGGCGGCUUGGCAAAAGGGGUUGGUAUGGUUAAAGAUUUAGCUGCCGAUAUCAGUUUAGGAAAUUUGUCUACUAGUGUCGGUAAUCUGAAAGACGGUUUAGCCCAAGCCCAAGGCGAAAUCGAAUCUAAAAGUCAAGAACUCACGGAAAAUAUCCACCAGUUGCGGGCUGAACUGGAAAGGCAAAAGGAAGAUUUAGCAAAUCAACUCAAGAGCCAAGAAAGUCGUUUAGAAACUCGUUUGGUCGAUGAAAUUCGCCAACAAGAAGCCAAAAUCACCCAACUCCAAGCUGAAACCAAAAAGCAGUUGGUUGAGGAACAAAAAAAACUUUUAGAAGCAGCCAUUCAGAAACUCGAAGCAGCUCAGCAAAAUAUUAACCGAACAACGCAAGGUCAAAUCCAAGCCACCGAGGCCAAGUUGGCUGAGUUUAAUCAAGAACUAGACCGGGUAAAAGACGAACAAAAGGAAGAGAUGGAAAACAUUAAGCAGGAAGUUAAUCAACGAAUGGACCAGCUAGAAGGAAAAACUGAGCAAGCUUUACAAUUAGCUCAGCAAACUAGCCAAAGAGUAGAGGCGUUAGCCGCACAGAUGGCCAAAACUCAGGAUAAAGUGGCAAAAUUAGAAAAGCAAGUGCAACAAAAUCAACAAGCUAUCCAACAAGCCCGGGAAGAAGUGCAACGAACUAACCAACGAUUAGACGAUUUCAUCAAGAGGCAAGAAUUAAUGGAUUUCUCCGCUCAGCAACUAGUUUUUGAUAAAAUCCAAAAAACUCUGGCUAACAAAGCGGAAGAAGCCAAGUUGCUCGCAACUUUAAACUUACUAGAAGAAACUAAGAGUUUGCUCCCAGAGGAAGAAAUUCCGGUUGCCGGAGCCAAAACUGCCAACCAACCCGUUAUCUCGCUUUUACAAAGUCUAAUUUCCGCUCUCGAGGGACAAGAGUCA